AUGCCGUGGUUCUCCUUGGCCGCAGACUGGACCCGGAAAGUCAAGGGGAGCUUAGAAGGGGUUCUUCUGCGCGAAACAGCUCCUUCCAAGAGAAGGCCCCACACCCACCAAGGAAAAGGCGCAAUCCACUCCAACAACCGACAUCCGGCACACCGCUACAACGUCCAAAGCCGCUACACGCUACGCCUCUCCAAGCGUCCCCCAGCGAGGGCGCAAGCGUCGCAGGGGCCCGCCCGGAAGUGCCCCGCAGUGCCAUGGGUGCUGGGGAGUGGGCUGUGGCGACCACCUCGGUCCAGGUGA